AUGGGCUCUAAAACAGCUGAGAAUGAGAGCCAAGGAGGCGGUGAUGCUCCUCCCAGCUCAACCAAGGCGAAUGCCACUGGUGGGGAACCACGGGGCGCCCAUUGGUCCCGGGAUGGUGAUGGCACACUUGGAGAAGGAGAUGGCGAUGACGAUGCCGACCGCGACAAUGUCCCCUGCACUCUUACCCUGUCGUUGAAUUCGCAACCUGCACCCUCAACGAAUUCGAAGAAGAAACGAAAGCGCCCUAAGAAGAAGUCUUCUGUGUUGAAGCAAUCUUCACCCCCGCGAAUUCCUCUUGCCGAUCUCUUCCCUGAUCGCCGGUAUCCACAUGGCGAGACUCAAAGUUAUGAGUCUGUGGCCGAAAAUACGGCCCGCACAACUGCCGAGGAAAUCCGACACCAGUCUCGUCAUCACAUCGAAGAUGACUCCGUUUUGAAUGACUAUCGGAAGGCUGCGGAGGUACACCGACAAGUCCGACGCUGGACGCAAGAGAGCGUGCGUCCAGGUCAGACCCUCACCGAGAUUGCUGUGGGAAUCGAAGAUGGCGUUAGAGCGUUGCUCGAUAAUGCUGGCCUUGAUACUGGACAAGGUCUCAUAUCCGGACUGGGCUUCCCCACUGGUCUGUCACUCAACAAUUGUGUUGCACACUACACGCCGAACCCAGGCCAAAAGGAUGUGGUCCUCGACUCAAGCGAUGUCAUGAAGGUCGAUUUUGGUGUUCAUAUAAACGGCUGGAUUGUUGACAGUGCUUUCACAAUGUCAUUUGAUCCAACCUAUGAUAAUCUGCUUGCUGCUGUCAAGGACGCGACAAAUACUGGCAUCAAGAAUGCGGGGGUCGAUGUCCGUAUUAGCGAUGUCAGCGCUGCCAUACAGGAAGCGAUGGAGAGCUACGAGGUUGAAGUCAAUGGUCGGACGUUUCCUGUCAAGGCGGUGCGCGGCAUCACUGGCCACAAUAUUGAGCAAUAUCGCAUUCACGCCGGGAAAUCUAUACCAUUUGUCAAGAACAAUGACAACACCAAGAUGGAAGCGGGGGAGAUAUUUGCUGUCGAGACCUUCGGGACAACCGGUCGUGGUUAUCUCUUUGAUGGGCCUGGGGUCUAUGGGUAUGGUAAAGACCCAUCUGCACCAAAAAGGAUCACAUCGCACCUCGCCAGCGCCAAAUCCCUCUAUCAGAAAAUUAACGAAAAUUUUGGCUCACUUGUAUUCUGUCGCCGGUAUCUUGAACGGCUUGGCGUCGAACGUUAUCUGGCUGGUAUGAACAACCUUGUGUCUAAUGGGUAUGUUGAGGUUUAUCAGCCUCUGAUGGACGUCAAAGGAUCGUAUUCCGCACAGUUUGAACAUACCAUCCUGUUGCGAGAAUCAUGCAAGGAAGUGAUCAGUCGUGGAGAUGACUAUUGA